AUGGUGCAGAAAUCCCGCAACGGUGGCGUGUAUCCCGCGCCGCAGGCCGAGAAGAAGCUGAAGGUGGGCUUCGUGGGGCUGGAGGCGGGCGCCACGGAAUCGAGCCGAGACGGCGCGCUGCUGAUCGCGGGCGCGGAGGGGACGAAGCGCGGCAGCAUCUUGAGCAGACAGCGCUCCAGCAUCUCCGGGAAGAGGCCGCCGAAGCGCAACGCGUUCUACCGACGCCUGCAGAAUUUCCUCUACAAUGUUCUGGAGAGACCUCGCGGAUGGGCGUUCAUCUACCACGCUUACGUUUUCCUGCUGGUUUUCUCCUGUCUGGUUCUGUCUGUGUUCUCCACCAUCAGAGAAUAUGAGAAGAGCUCAGAAGACGCCCUCUACAUCCUGGAAAUUGUAACCAUUGUGGUUUUCGGAGUGGAAUACAUCGUAAGGAUCUGGUCUGCAGGAUGUUGCUGUCGAUACAGAGGAUGGAGGGGAAGAUUAAAAUUCGCCCGGAAACCUUUUUGUGUUAUCGACGUCAUGGUGCUGAUCGCCUCGAUCUCGGUUUUGGCCGCUGGGACGCAGGGGAAUGUGUUCGCCACCUCUGCCAUCAGGAGUCUACGGUUCCUCCAGAUUCUCCGGAUGAUCCGCAUGGAUCGGCGCGGGGGAACCUGGAAGCUCUUGGGAUCUGUGGUCUACGCUCACAGCAAGGAACUGAUCACCGCUUGGUACAUUGGCUUCCUGUGUCUGAUCCUGGCCUCGUUCCUGGUGUAUCUCGCUGAGAAGGAGGAUAACGAGAUGUUUGAGACCUACGCCGAUGCGCUCUGGUGGGGUCUGUGCAGAAUAAUAGACGACACGGCUCAGUUUCUGGAAGAACUAGGUCCAGUCAUCAUUAACAAAGUUUCCUUUCAUGCUCCGCAGGGGAUUCUGGGUUCUGGGUUUGCCUUGAAAGUUCAGGAACAGCAUCGGCAGAAACAUUUCGAGAAGCGCAGAAAUCCAGCUGCCGGCCUAAUUCAGAAUGCCUGGAGGUUUUACGCCACAAACCUGAAUCGCACGGAUCUCUAUUCGACGUGGGACUAUUACGAGAGGACUGUAUCGGUGCCCAUGUACAGUCAGAAAGUGAGCCUGAAAGAGCGUGUGUUCUCCAGCCCGAGAAACUCCGCGAACAAAGGGAAGAACUCUCCUCAGGGCCAGCAGCCCCUGCGACGCUCUCCCAGUGCCGACAACAGCAUCGAGUACAGUCCCUCCAAAGUACCCAAGAGCAUCAGCUUCGGCGACCGCAGUCGAGCCAGACAGGCCUUCCGCCUCAAAGGCGCCGCGUCUCGCCAGAACUCAGAAGAAGCCAGCCUUCCCGGAGAAGACAUUGUUGAUGACAAUAAGAGCUGCCAUUGUGAGUUUGUCCCUCAGGAUUUAACGCCGGGACUAAAAGUUACCAUCAGGGCCGUGUGCAUCAUGAGGUUCAUGGUGUCCAAGCGAAAGUUUAAAGAGAGUCUGCGGCCGUAUGACGUGAUGGACGUGAUCGAGCAGUAUUCGGCCGGACAUCUGGACAUGUUGGCGCGCAUUAAAAAUCUGCAGUCCAGAGUGGAUCAGAUUGUUGGUCGGGGUCCUUCAGUAACAGACAAGGAUCGUCCUAAAGGAACCACGGAUGCAGAACUGCCAGAAGAUCCCAGUAUGAUGGGACGGCUUGGGAAAGUGGAGAAACAGGUGAUGUCAAUGGAGAGGAAGCUGGAUUUUCUGGUCAACAUCUACAUCCAGCGCAUGGGCAUCCCGCAGUCUGAGACAGAUGCUUACUUCGCCUCUAAGGAGCCGGACCCGGCGCCGCCGUACCACAGUCCGGUGGAGCACAUGGAGAAGAGCGGCUCCAUCACCAAAAUCAUCCGCUCCAACAGCUCAGCAGGCCAGAAGAAUUUUGACCCGCCGCCGUCGACCUGCGUCAACCACCACUGCCCGCCCUCCACAUCUUGGCACCUUCACAGCCGCCCCGAACCCACGCAAGGAACGUCACCCACGGGCGACCCGUCGCUAGUGCGCAUCCCGCCGCCUCCGGCCCAUGAGCGCUCAUCCGCCGGCCACAACGGAGGCGCUCGCGGGGCUGGACAGCAUCAUGCGUCGCGGCGCGAAGAUGGACGCCCGCUGGCUCUUUCCAAGCAGCAGGCCGGAGCCGAGAGCGACACGUCCAUAUCCAUCCCCUCGGUGGACCACGAGGAACUGGAGCGCUCCUUCAGCGGCUUCAGCAUCUCGCAGUCCAAAGAGAACCUGGACUUCCUCAACAACGCCUACUUCAGCGGCGUGUCGCGCUGCACUAAAGUCAGGCCGUACAUCGCAGAGGGCGAGUCGGACACGGACUCCGAUCUGUGCGCCCCGUCGCCACACUCCGCCACUGGAGACGGUGCCUAUGCGGACAGAGGAUGGUCCGGCCCGAAAUAGACCUCGCGAAUCCGGGAUUCGACCAGAUUCUGGAGCCAAACACGCGCCAGACUGCAUUUGCGUGUUUAAAAAGCAGCGUUUUUCUUCGGCUCCUCGGGCGGAAGAAAUGGUGGAAAUGGCAAGACGCAGUGAAGA